CUCUCUCUCUCUCUCUCUCUCUCUCUCUCUCUCUCUCUCAUGGCAACCAUAGAUCACCUCCUAAAUCUCUCUGAGCAGAUUUGCUAUGUCCAAUGUGGUUUCUGCACCACCAUUUUACUGGUAAGUGUUCCAUGCAGCAGUUUAUCCAUGGUGGUCACAGUGAGGUGUGGUCAUUGCACAAGCCUCCUCUCUGUCAACAUGAUGAAAGCUUCCUUCGUUCCUCUCCAUCUUCUAGCUUCUCUUAGCCACGACGCGCCAAAAGAAGAGUUUCAAGAAAUGGAAGUCCAGAAAAAUGUGGAACUGUACAGCCCUUCUUACGUGAAUUCUCCCGACAUUGAAGAUGAGGAGACCAUUUCCAUAACUCAUGUCGUUAACAAACCACCAGAGAAGAGACAAAGGACUCCAUCUGCUUAUAACCGCUUCAUCAAAGAAGAGAUCAGGAGGCUCAAGGCUCAAAAUCCAAACAUUCCUCACAAAGAAGCCUUCAGUCAAGCUGCCAAGAAUUGGGCACAGUUUCCGCAACAUCAAUUUAAAGGAGGUAACCAAGAGAGCUUUGACCAGGAAGUGGAGAGGGAGAAAUGGAUCUCUGAUGAUUCAACUGAGGCGAACGGGGAAGGCAAAGGGUUCCGUGAAAGAAAGGUGGCCCGGCAUUUUAUAUGGGAAAAGACGCCCUUUGAUUAUUGAACUGCAGAGAGAGAGUUUGCUUCUUCAAGAAACUUUCUCUUUCAGUACUGCUGAAACUCUUAAUGACAUGAACUGGUUAGAUGCUCUCUCGGAAGUUAGGGUUCACUGCAAGCGCUCUCUCUCUCUCUCUCUCUCUCUCUCUCUCUCUCUCACUGAUGAACUCAAGUUGAGUUCUAGACUUCUGUGACUCACUGAGCUGUUCAGUAUAUCUU